UUUUCUCCUCCCACUCAGGCGCGCUCUCUCCUCUCUCUACAUAACUCAAAGGACAGAGGAAAUAAUUCGGCUAUGUUCUCCCAGAUCUUCCAUAUAUAGAGCAUAAGAGGCAUCGUUCUGUUUACACAUAUAUCUUGCGUUGCUUCCUCCCCCUCUUCGGUGCUUCGAGAUUGCAAGGAAAAAAAUGUCAUCUAGCCAGUUCGCCUCGGAGCAUGUUUGCUAUGUAAACUGCAACUAUUGCAACACCAUCCUUGUGGUCAACGUGCCAAACAAUUGUUCCUACAAUAUUGUGACUGUUAGAUGUGGGCAUUGCACGAUGGUUCUCUCCAUGGAUCUUGGACCUUUCCACCAAGCACGCACCGCUCAAGAACACCAGGUGCAGAACAGAGUUAUAUUGAAUAAUUCUGGGAGUUACGACUCUGCUGCAAGGAAUCAGCGGGCAAUGCCCAUGUAUCUGAUGGUGAACAAUCAGCAGCAAGUGUCGCCGAUACGCCCACCGGAGAAGAGACAACGUGUUCCAUCUGCGUACAACAGAUUCAUCAAGGAAGAGAUACAAAGGAUAAAGUCAAGCAAUCCUGAGAUUAGCCACCGAGAGGCAUUCAGUACUGCUGCAAAAAACUGGGCCCAUCUUCCUCGGCUGCACUUCGGCCUGAGCGUUGCCGACGGCGGCGGCGGUGCCAAUUAGCUCCAAUCAAGACCACGCAUGCAUGCAGAAGACGAUGGUUCGUGCAAUCGACACCGUGUGUUCACGUUCAUCGUUCUCCAUCGUCGUAUAGCUAUCUGUUUAUGCAUGUGUGUGCAUGCAUGCAUGCUCUGUCACGUAUCGUGCGUGUGCCUAAUUAAGUCUAAGUUGCUACUACAUGAUUCAUGCCAUCGAUCGAUCUCUGGACUAUUGCAUGUCGAUCCUGCGUAGAUUUAGAUCCUACGCUUAAUAAAUGGACAGGAGUGUGUUUAAUUAUUGUUUUAUUAGAUGUACUAUCAUGGUGUUGUGGAUAAAGACUUGAUGCGCUGAUAAUGAUGUCUGUCUUUUUCUUCAAAAAGUUAAGACUUUGUCCUCUAGACGGUAAAGGAGGUCUUUGCCGUCUGCUUUUAAAAAA